AUGUCUUUGGUGGACAGUCACCUCGAGGAGAACAGCCAACAGGACAUUGCAUAUACAAACAAGCAAACAGCAACACAGUUUGACGAGCCCAUCUUUGACGAAUAUCACGAUAUGGAUGAGGAACACCCCGACACACUGGCUCCGAGUCCCAAGAGGGUUCGCACCAAUCCCACCAACGACGUCCCUGAGCUUCCCAAAAAGAGUUCGAGGAGGGUGUCAAGGAUAUUGGACAACCACGGACUGAAGCUGGGAGGAGAGGAAGGACAGGCCACUGCACCGCACGACAUCUAUCUUUCCUCCGAAGAGGACGCCUCCUCCGACGCCGACGAUUCUUCCGAGUAUGACUAUGACUCGAGCAUCGAGGACCCCGACUCUCCCACAGCCACUACCCGACGAGGCAGCCAGGAGGUCACGGCAAGAGUGGUCUCGGUGGUGUUUGCAGGCAAACCCUCAAUCGUCAACCUUUCUCUCAGAAAACAGCGUUCCGUGUCACUGAGCUCGUCUUCUGUGAACACAAGCAGGACAAGGAAUAGCACCGAGUCGUCCGAGUCCGAGUCUCUCAAACCAUCCACGACAGCACCCAUUCACCCUUCCGGUGAUCGACCAAUCACACCAGCAAGCAGUCUCUCGGCCCGCAGCAGCAACCCCAACAGGCGAAGCAGCAGUAGCUUGCUUUCUGACCUUCUCACCAACAAGAGGAAGCCUCCCGCGUUUCUGAGCAUUGACCCUUACGCCAACGGAUCUCACUACUCGCUGGAGGCGGUGCCAAAACCGCUUGACAGUCUAGAGGGGGAGGCUGUCAAAACACCACGGACGCCUACUCAGAUCUUGAAGGGUGUCACGAGGUCGUUUAGCUUGGCUCGCAAGAAGAGCCGGCCUACGCUUGACACGUCGGGGUCUAGUGUGUCACACCAGCCAAGACCGUCGACCAGCACCAAGAGGAGCUCGUUGCAGCACUCUGUCUCUGUCUCGGACGACCAACUCGAGGAGCAUGACGAGGAAAAGGAGAACAUCAGCAGCAGGAUUGGCGACAAGACACCCCAGACCCCGAUCACAUACAACGACAUCCUCAGGGCUGUCAAGAAGAACGCCAUUGUCAUGAGUGGAUCGCAGCCAGGUCUUCCGAGUGAUAUCCUCUCGCCGACAUCGCCAAAUACGGAGAGGCAGAAGAGGGGGAUCUUGAGCGGGUUGUCGGCUAGGAGGAGGAGUGUGAAGUUUACUGGGAGGGUUUAA